UUCACCACCCCAGUUUUAUGUCCCGAGUUAAAGCCGUCUGAUCUCAUUCCCACUGCUCCGUGUGAACAUGUGUUCUCUGGGCUUUGCCAGAUCCCUGGGUUUUGCACUCAUACCGCUCGCCACCUGCUGCAUUGUGGCAAAUGUCCUGCUCUUCAUCCCUGAUGGACAGGUGACCUAUGUUCAGGACGAUCAUUUGACCAAGUAUGUCUGGUACUUCAUGGGAAUCGGAGGAGGUGGUGUGGCUAUGCUGAUUCCGGUCACUGUGUUUCUGGGAAUGGGGAAAUGUGUGGAUUCCUGUGGGACAGAGAGCUGUGUGAUGUGUGGUUCAGUGAUAGCUGCUCUGGUAGGAAUCGCCGGCUCUGGAUACUGUUUCCUGAUCUCUGCGGUGGCGCUCUUGAAGGGGCCAUACUGCUUUACCGCUCUGGGAUGGAUAUCUCCUUUUGAGAACGAUGGGCCACAGUAUCUGUUCGCUCAGAAGCGGUGGUCUGACUGCAUUCAGCCGAAACACAUCGUGGAGUGGAACGUGACCCUGCUGUCCAUACUGCUGGGUCUGAGCACACUCGAGUUCAUCAUCUGUUUCCUGCAGUUUAUCAGUGGACUGGUGAGCGCAGUGUGCAGACCGUGCUGCUACAAACAAGAGUACAGCCUGAACGCUUGAGGAUCAACAACCAGCCUCGGCCAAUCAGAAAAAAGCCAUCCGAGCAGACUUGCCUAAAUAGUGCACAGCUCACACUGCAUAACACAUGGAUUCUUUUGAUAUAAGAGAUUGCUAAAUGAACAAAUGUAAACACUUUAUACAGAGAAAUUAAACACAUUUUACUGAAUUUAUUGGGACAUAUGCAUUUUGUUCAAAUAUUAAUUAUUUUUGUAUGAUCUCUGUUUUCUUUUGUAUGAGAAGUUGUUUUGUAAAUAUUUUUUUAAUUAUUGAAAGUGAUAAAAAAAUAUCCUUGAUCAAUGUUGUUGUAUUUACCUAUAAAAGUUGCAAUAUGCUUGAAAUAUUCUGUUCGAUUAAUAAAUCUGACUUGUUUUAGACUACUUUUUAUUUUUUUUGCACCUUAUUAAUAUUUUUGAUUAAUUCAUGCUUUUGGUAUUUCAACAUGUGCAGAUUAAAUGGAGUACCAGGAUACAGCACUGCCGACAAUUCAUUGCAAUCCUUAGAAAAUGUUUUCUAAAGCUUCAAUAUCCUGGUACAGCAAUAAUCUGUAGAAUAUAAAGCCGUAUCACACCACAGCACUUUUGCUAAGCCUCUAGACUGAUAUUUGGACUUUAAGAACAUGCACAAUUCUAAUGAGAAAGCCUUAGGCCUAAAAAAAGUUCUUAAAGAACAUAACAAAGUAGAGUAAGUACAUAAUAAAGUACAUAGAGUAUGUAAAUACAUAUGCUUCUUGCCACUGACAGCUGUAGUAUGCUGUUGGUUACCACAGAAGAUCAUUUUGACUUGUGUGUAGUAAUGGAAGUCUAUUAAGCAACCAUUGUAAACUUGGCAAAAAGACUUCCAAUAUAAGUGCAUAAUAAUGUAUGAUUCUGUGUUUUAAACAAAAGUUUACCUUUUAUUUAACCUGCAAAUUUCCUUUAAAACAUACAGUAUGUUUGCUUUAUUAUUUGACAUGACGCAAGCCAUCUGUCCCAAGCCAUUUCAACAUUUAAUCGAGUGCAGGAUCAAUUCAAAAUGCCAAUCCGUCAUAUCAGAAAUGAAAACUAUCAAAAGUGAAAAAAAUGUAUAUCUGUAAUUACGACUGCAUUAGUAAAAUGUUCAUUCUUG